AUGUCUGAUCCCCGUCCCCUUACGACUCCAAGCUCGGUACCCGCCGCCGAAUCUGGUGCUCAGCCUGGUUAUCCCAACACAUCGGUGCUCACCCCUCCAACCUCACCUCGACAAAAUCGAUCGUCGUCCAAUAUCUCAAACAUUGCUCUACCCUUCUCCGCUCCUCAUGCACAGCCUAUCGCAUCACCGUUGAAAUCACGGGGUGGGAACCUCGACCCUAUCCAAACCAACAUCUACCAUCGGCACUCCCCAGCCGAAACACGAGUCCCUCAUUGCCCCUUUGAGAUCCGAAUUCUCAAAGACCAUCAAGACAGAGACGCCAUUUUUGGCACCGGCGCUUGGAGCGUCGUCUACAAAGGCACCACGCAUACCAAGGCGAGCACGAUCUCCGGGUCGUUGACUCCACCUCAAUCCCCGACUGUCACCACGCCUGUGCUCGUCGCCGUGAAGAAACCGGCCCGACGUGACGCAACGACCGUUCUGGAAAGCGAAGCCCAAGUCCUCCAAUAUCUGCACACCAUCCCCGAGAGUGAAAAGUACAUUGUGCCCUUCUACGGCGUCAUCGACGAAGCAACCCUCAUUCUCGAGGCCCUUCCAUUUUCCCUAGAAGACCACAUCCGCAAAUGCGCCGUUGCCGCUUCCCACACCCUCUCCACCUGGACCAUGAGCGAACCUAUCAUCGGAGGCUCAGCGAAAUGGCUCCACCUCGCCAAACAGCUCAUCUCUGCACUCGCUUGGCUCCACACCGAAGCCGAAGUGGUUCACGGUGACAUCAAGCCCGGAAACAUCCUCCUCGCGUAUAUCCGUGGAUCAUCAGAGCACGACGUCGACCGCGGCCUCACCUUUGAGCCCGUCUUCGCCGACUUCUCAUCCGCCCAGCUCCUGAAUAGAGACGAGACGACGCCUAACACGCUCUCCGCCCUCACGAGGGAAUACACGGCGCCGGAACUCCUGAGCUCCAAAGUUCUUCACGACCCCAGUGCCACCGCCACUACGGCCUCGGAUGUGUUUUCACUCGCGGUCACGCUACUCGUAGCCGCCACGGGCCAAAUGCUGGUGUACCCUGGAAGUGUUUUCCAACGACAGGCAAUGGCGACGCAAGGGUGGUUGGUUCUCAACCAUAUCCGCAAUGGCGAGCAGGGCGCUAGAGUGCCGAGAAUGGGCAUCGUGGAGAGGGUCGUGGAACGAGCCGUCCUCAAAGCCGAUAUGGGUCGGGUGAAUGCUCAGCAGUGGUGGGAGAUUGUGGAAGGCGUGGGUAAAGGGGAGCCGAUGAAGCUAUGA